AUGUCUAGCCCUCGUCUCAGCCCCCAAAAUCCCCUUUGCGCAUUCUGUGGUCAGCGUGCAGGCGCCUGCAAGAGUAAAUACGACAUCCGCAAAGCGGAGCCCAGGCGGAAGUCGUGCUCUAAAUUAUGCUGUACAACGGCGCCAAGCAAUGAGGUGCAGCAAAGCUGUGAAUUGAGCCGUUUCUCGGAUCCUGUUGGAUGCGCGAAGGGGCUGCAUAGUUGUCCAUUUACUGCACGACCUCCACCUCCAUCUCCUUCUCCGCCUCCACCUAUACCCUAUUGUCGAGAAAUGGUGAUUAGUGUGUCCUGCGAGAAUGGGGGCGCCCUCUUUCGAUAUACGCCUUGUGAUCAUUCCGUUGACAUUUAA